CAGACGCCGGGAGCGGUCGAGGCGGCGAGUCGCAGCGUCUUCUCUGCUUGCCGGGAGCCAGCGCGGAGUCGGACUGGAGAUUCGGAUCAUCUCUCAAACGUAUGUUUGAGUUUCAAGAGCCUGGCCUGGGGUUGCAGUGGGCAUACUGAUCAUCUCAACUUUUCCCUUGGAACUGCGCACUAGCUACAGUCAGAGAGGCCCUUGAGCUGCUGGUGAUAAAAUCUGCCGUGAUACGUGCAAGGCUUUGAGGUCUAAGAAGCUGCAUUGACUGUACAUUUUCAAUUCUUGCUGCCAGGAUGGGGAAACAGAAUAGCAAGCUGCGCCCAGAGGUUAUGCAAGACUUGCUGGAAAGCACAGACUUUACAGAGCAUGAGAUCCAGGAAUGGUAUAAAGGCUUCUUGAGAGACUGCCCCAGUGGACAUUUGUCAAUGGAAGAGUUUAAGAAAAUUUACGGGAACUUUUUCCCUUACGGGGAUGCUUCCAAAUUUGCCGAGCACGUCUUCCGCACCUUCGAUGCCAAUGGAGAUGGGACAAUAGACUUUAGAGAAUUCAUCAUCGCCCUGAGUGUCACUUCGAGGGGGAAGCUGGAGCAGAAGCUGAAGUGGGCCUUCAGCAUGUAUGACCUGGACGGCAAUGGCUACAUCAGCAAGGCAGAGAUGCUAGAAAUUGUGCAGGCAAUCUAUAAGAUGGUUUCGUCCGUCAUGAAAAUGCCUGAAGAUGAGUCAACCCCGGAGAAAAGGACAGAGAAGAUCUUCCGCCAGAUGGACACCAAUAGAGAUGGAAAGCUGUCGCUGGAGGAGUUCAUCCGAGGGGCGAAGAGUGACCCGUCCAUAGUGCGCCUCCUGCAGUGUGACCCCAGCAGCGCUGGCCAGUUCUGAGCCCGGCACCCCACGAAUUGUAGAGCUGCUUGUUUUCUCUUUCAGUUUUUCUUUUUAACAAAAAAAAAAAAAGUUUUUGUGGCCAAACAAUAUCGACGGUGAUGAUGUCCCCCGUGCGGUCAGAUGCACCUUCCCUGUGACGCCUUCGCUGCUUUUGUCGUGGACACUUCGUGGGAAUGCUGUUGCCCAGCGCUGUGGACAGUGCUAUUGCGCACACUCUGUGGUUUCCAUAGUGCUGAUGAUUUUUAAUUGUUGUCAUUUUUCUUUUGAUUCUGAUGUCUCUGUUCUAAAACCGAAGACUCGGGGAAGCAAGAGAAGGGAAGCCAAUCCAGUGAUUCUGUAGCAAGCUUCCAGGGUUUGUUUGAACAACUAAACCCCUGCCUGCCUUUGGUGUCACUCCCACGCUGGAUGGCACCAGAUGCUGGACUCCCUGAGAACAUGUGACUCUCUGGGGCCAGGCUAUUCAAGGGUCCUGGGGUGUUCCCCAGGGUGGCCCACCCAUGCUCUCCCCAGCACAUCGUAGUUUCUAAGCUGUGAACAUUUCAAAGUAAAUUCAUAGAGGAGAGGAGAAGAUGGCUCAGCUAUUUUUCACAGGUUUACACUAGUUGAGCAAAUGUAAGUUGCUUUGGAAAUUGAACACAAAUCAUAACUUAAAAUCCAAUCCAUCUUGUUGCCUAUUGUGAUUUAAAAAAAAAAAAAAAAGACUGCUGUAUAUAAAAUAUUUGGGUGUUGCAGACCAAAUUAAGUGUUUUGCCUUGUUUAAAUGAAAUGCAUGUUUAGUGAGCACUAAUACAAUCUUAUUACAGAAGACUGUUUUUAGUAGCUUAUUGUGAAGUAAGCCAACUCUAAUGAAUGUCUGUGUCUUGUUUGAAAGUCGUAUCUGUCUUUGCACAAAUGCACCAAUCAACAGGUAUAUUUUAUAUAUUCUAGAAAAGUACAAAGCAAACUUGACAAGAACCCAACCUUCAUUUUGAGUGUUUUUCUCGAGUGGCAGUGCAUGGAGAAUAGAAGCAGCGCAGGUUGAAAUGGGGUACAUCAGCUGAAGCCCCAGAAAGUUGACAUUUAUGAGAUACAUGAACUGACAUCCAGCCAGCCUAGCAACUCAUCAGCAGUGUUAGACAGUGUGGUGCUUUUCUGAGUGGAUCAAUAUUCCAUAAUCCCCUCCCCCCUAGAAAGCAUGAAUUCUUGGAACUUCCCAGUGGUUUCAUCGUGUGUAUGGUUAGGAAGCUAUAACUGGCAUGUUGAGUUUUCGAUGUCUUCAGUGGCCCUUCAAAGAAUUAGAGGUUGGACAAUCAUGUGAUUCGUCAUGAGGGGUCAUAGGCCAGUGUGUCUGUGGCUCCCAGCCCCACCAUGUGGAAUCCCAGAGUAUUUUCCAUCAGCAUGUUCUGUGAAUUAUAGAUUUCUGUUUCCAGAAAUGACAGCACCAAUUCGAGUUGCUGUUUGACCUGAUGACCUCACGUGCAUGAAUUUGAAUUGAAAGAGUAAAAAUUGCGGGCCACAGGUAAGUCAUAGUUUCACAAGCAUUCUGUAUGGUGAAGAGCAGAUGCUUGGGGUGUAGAGGAGAGAACCUGUUCUUGGGGAAGGCAGAGAGGGACCGCUGGGUGUCUUACUGCCAGGUUACUUGCUGUAAAACUUAAACCACAGAAAGAUAAACAUCAUAACCUCAAGGAAAACGAUGCUGAAGGCUUCUAACUUCCAGAUUCCUUCUCUAUCCCUUGACUCCUUUUCACUGGCAGUAUAUAUAUGUACAGUUCACCAAAAAGACAAGGUUUGGAAGGUGAAGUUUUGAGGCCCUGACCUGGCAAAAUAAUCUUAAUCUUCCUUUGAAUGCCCAUUCCUUAGAGUGGCUUUAUACCAAGACUUUCCAAAUUUCUCCAUGGGCCAAUUGGUCAAAUAUAUCUUAAAAGUAGGGAAUUAACUUAUGACUUAAGAGUGCAGAACAGGUGAGGUGACCCAGAGUGCCUUUCCUUCCCUGUCCCCCACCCUGCUCUUGAUCAAAGACCUAAUAGUUCCUUAGUCCUCUUUAGGUGGUGAAGUCAGUUUACCUGGGUCCUUCCCUCGUUCUCCCGUGAUAGGUUCCUGAGCAGACUCACCCACUCCCCAGGGCUUAGAGCUGGAGUGAGUAACUGGGGAGGAAGGUCUCAGCCUUUUAGGAAAGGAAGCAGAGCCAGAAGCAUGACUAAUGAAGCUGACACUCCUGGAAUACAUGCAAACUGGCAUCCUCCUGGCCUGCCCUUGACCCUGUCUGUAUUUUCUUGAGGUUUGUUUUCCUCCUAUCCCUCCUCCCCAGGAAGGGCUUUGUCUGUCUACUCCCAAGCACUCAAGUUUGGUCGACCCAGAGGGCUGAAUGCUUAAAGGUUUACAUCACUCCUUGCUGGGCUGUUCAUUGUCACUGCUGUGUGGUGGGACCUCUGGAAAUGGACUCUGUUCUGUGUGAAAUCAAGCCAGCCUGUGAUGUUCAAGGGACUGGAAUAAAGUGGCUUAUGACUUGAAGAAAGA